AUGAAUUUCUACCCAGCUGUGAGUGCCUCGUCCGCAUUUCCAAAAGACGGAAUGAAAAACAAAGAUGAGGUUGUUAAUGUAAUGAAAGCCUAUGCCAUUGAAAACAACUUUGUUCUUGUCACUGCCAGAAGUCAGGUUCCAAUUCUACAUCUCAAGUGCGCCAAGGGAGGCGCAUACAAAACAAGGCGUGAUGGAGACGAGAAAGCUAAACGAAUCACUCAGACUUGCCGGGUUGGCUGCCCGUACUUGCUGAGAUUUUCUUUUAGAAAGAAGGAGCAAAAGUACUAUCUUUUGAAAAGCCUUCACGAGAAAGAAAAGUAUCACAAUCAUCCUCUGUCUCCAAAAGAGCUAUCGACCCUUCACGAGGGUCGAAUGGCUACGGUUACCAAAGAAGACUUUAUCAUCGCCGGACAACUAUUUACAGAAAAUUCAAAGACUAUCAAAAUCCAAGAUCUACUCAACGACGAGAGUGCUCCUGGAAAAAUGUUGGCGUCACAUAUUAUCGACGACUAG